UCCCGCCGCCGCCGCACUUUCACUCUCGGUCCGCAGCCGCGCCCGCCCGGCUUCUGGCCCCUGCCGAUCCGCUGCCACCCGUGCGCCCGCCAGUUCGCCCGUCCGCGCCAUGGACGCCAAGGUUGUCGCCGUGCUGGCCCUCGUGUUGGCCGCACUCUGCAUCAGCGACGGGAAACCUGUCAGCCUGAGCUACAGAUGCCCGUGCCGAUUCUUCGAGAGUCAUGUUGCUAGAGCCAACGUCAAGCAUCUCAAAAUCCUCAACGCUCCUAACUGCGCCCUUCAGAUUGUCGCAAGGCUGAAGAACAACAACAGACAAGUGUGCAUUGACCCGAAAUUAAAGUGGAUUCAGGAGUACCUGGAGAAAGCUCUAAACAAGAGGCUCAAGAUGUGAGAGGUGGGUCAGUCGCCUGAGGAAACCUUACAGAAGGAGCCCAGGUCUGAAGUCAGUGUUAGGGAAGGGCCUGCAGCCACUUCCCCUGCUCCUGGGCAGGGCUGAAUGCAUUUCCAAGGGCCCUGUUUUGCACAGUUUGCCUUAUUCUCACCAUUUGAUUAUGUAACAAAAUACAUGGUGUUUAUUUUUCAUUUAGUCUGAUUAUCCAGUGUCAUUGGUGACAGAUAGGAACUUAAGCUUGAGACCAUUAUGUUAUUUGCAUUAUUAUAGUAUCUUUCCCAUGGAACCCUUCCAUGACUAGGGGUUCCUGAGUUUUGUAUCUCUCUGAGCUGAGUCAGGAGGCUCACCCCUUUCCAACUGGGAGCCAGGGAUCCUCCUCCCUGAGGAUCACAGGGCUUCCCCAAGUGCAGCCAGGGCAGUGAGACCCACCCUCAUCCCAUGCUCCCCCCUGCAUCCAUCAUGCUCUUCUCAUCAUUCUCUCUCUCAUCCAUCGUCAUGUGUCUCCAAGAAUGUCUCCAUGAUCCUGAAAAAGGACUCUCUCAAGAUGAAAGCUUUCAUUUAAACUGGGCACCAAGAAGGAAAGGAAAAUGUUUUGGUGUUCCCUGAAAACACUGUGCACAUCUGUGUCUUGUUUAAAAUUUGUCUGCUGUCCAUACCUGUGUUUUUGUUCACAGCCACUGUCCUCAUCUGUGACCAGUGUCUCGGUGUGUGCACUGUCCCUUCCUCAAAUGCAAAGGCUGAGUGUGAGGACACAGAAGCCCUCGGGCCCUUUGACCCCUUCCUGAUCAAGGUUGUGGUCAAAGUGAGCAGUCUUGGUUUCCCCACUGGUCACAGAACCAAGGUGGACCAGCAAACAAAGCCCAAAGGAAUGUGGUUUGCCCAGGAUUGACCUCCUAGGACUACUGAGCCUCAAGAUUUCUUAAAACUGCAGUUUUAUUUCCCUGGCACCAAAUUCAACAUUGUUUUGGGAAUAACAGGAAAACAAUUUUCAAUUUAAUUGCAAUUUUUAAAAUCUAAUUCAUAAAAUAAUCAGUCCUGACCUGAAGAUUCCCUCUCAAUUAAAAUCCAAUCUUAUCUUUCUCACCAUUGGGCAAUGCUGUCAUCUCACCUGGUCAGCUGUGCUGCCACAUGUCGUCUUGUACUUCCAGAAAGUCCUGCAUGCUUUCCUUUAAGAAAGGUUAAAGGUCCUGACAUUUGAAGCAUUUCCCUUUUGCUGAGGAAUCUAUAGAGUUACAUUAAACUGCUUACAAAUGUAACACUAGAGGCUUCUCAUGCUUUUGUUUUUUUCAGGCAGUUUCACUAAUUCUUUUCUCCUUCCAUUAAAGACUCCAGUUAAGAGUCUUCAAAUGAAGAAGGUGGAAAAGGAGAACAAAACUUAGUGACUCACCAGUUGACAGGGCACUGUACAUAAAUUCAUCCACCAAAAUUUUCCCCUAACUUAAAACAAACAUUAAAAUUCUCAAGCCAGCCAAGUUAUAUUGAAAAACUAGGGCCUGAAGAAUCUGUAUUAAUACAGUACUGGUUUUCCAAAACCUCUUUUGAAAUUAACCCGUCACUACAGUGCUCCUGCAUUAUACAUGAAAUAAUUGGAAUUUCCAGUGGAACAGUCAUUUUCUAUGUAAUCCAAGAUAUUUAAAAAUUCUCUCAUGGAAAAUAUAGAAGCAUCUUCCCUCAGACUCCAUUAACAAGGACCAUUAAAUCUCUUGCUUGAAGAAAAAAAUAAGCAUGGCCCCAAAUCUUAACUACAGUUAAGGAUGAAAUCAUAUUUGUUUCUCUUCCAUAAGGGAAAAAUAGAUAAGGGUAGAAACUGCAGGGAGACUGAUUUGUGUAACAAUUCUUCCACUAACAAUCAACUCCUAAUCAGCCUGCUAACUGGAGACUGCCUGUCUGAAGCAAACAGGCAUUUAAAUAGGCCAUUUGCAAAGGAAAAGUCUCCCCACCCUAAUCUCCCCUUUGCUUUCAAAAUGCAAGGGGACAACCAGCUGCCCCUCCUGAUCCUGUAGCUGCCUAUACCCAUUCCCUUGGGCUCUGUCUAACCUCCAGGGUGGUCCUCUGCUGCCAGUCUUUGCAUGGGGAAGGAGAGAUGGCUGGGAGCUCACAGACAUGCUGUGUGUUGGAAUCCAAUGUAUACCGUGUGUUGUUUGCACUGUUGUUCUGCUCCUGCCAGACCCUGAGACACCAACAAGGAGGCUCAGAAUAACUCACUGCUUGACUACCUGUUCACCAGAGAUCAUGUUCUGAGAAAGUGUUCAGCUUUGAACAGAGGCUCUGAAUCAGAAGGUUGCAGUGAUCUCUUGUGGGAUCAGAGACCUAAGCUUUCCAUUGGAUCCCAUUUGACCCUUCCAAGAUGGAAUUUUCUACUUGGUGCUUCCCUUAUGGAAGAUCAUCACCCUCCCAGGAUUGUACCCUCUUCCAGCUAGAUGAGGAUUUGGGAGACCUGUUCCAUCUACACAGCUUCCCUGACUUUUCCUAUAGAACUGCUAAGGGAGCCCCAUCCAUAGAACUGCUCCCUAAAAGUCUCCAUAUCCCGUGAGCAGACCACCAACCUUGCCAAGUGGACAAAACCAUCUAGAAAACAUGUUAUUCCCAACCUCUCUGGGCUCUCAGUCUCUGAGCAGUUGUGGAGUCAGUGUUAAAUGUGAUAAAUACUGUAUUUUGUAUUGUUUAAAUUGCAUCUCCCAGAAAAUGUGAAAAUGGCCCAGAAGAAGGCAGCUUCCUGUAUGCAGUGUGUGCUUUUUUUUAAAGUAACAACUCUGAGAAACAAUUUCUAUUCUGAAGUCAUAUCAAUGAAAACGAUGUAUCUGCACUUAUAAUUUUCCUAAUAAAGAUCUGUAUUCAAAUGCAGCCUCUAAGAGUUUGAAAUGAGUGUUACCACAUAGAAUUUUCCAGACUUGAACUUUCUUUCUUAAACCCAACACCGAUGGGUUGUGUAAGCCUAGCAACAGAGGUCAGUCAGUAGCAGGCCAUCCUACUCACAGCCCAGAAUUCUGGGGCCAGACCUGUCCCUGCUAAAUAAUUGGUCCUCAGCACGCAAGGGGCUUCCUUUUCUUGGCGUGAUCUGCAGUUUGUUGGAGUUGCUUCUUAAAGGCAAGUUGGUCUUCCACAAGGUCCCAGGAAUUUGCCCAACAGUUGUGGGAAAGGAAACCCCAAUUUUGUACUUGUCAGUCUUGGUAGAAGCAGCAGAGGUUCCUGUAAAACACACACCCAUCACCACUGAGGAUCAUAGCACUCUGCAUGUUUCCUGUCCUGCACAGACGUUUUGCUGGAAGACAGAGGCUGAUUUACUUGCCCACUGCUGUUCCACCCUAUCCAGAACCUGGGAAUUGGGGUGUGAGCCCUUCAGACAAGGGCUAUUGCUUCUUAUUUCGGUUCUUAAACAAAUACAUCAUGAACUCUUUUGGAACAAUAUUAUGUUUAACUUUUUUGGGGGGGGGCAGCACUGGGGUUUGAACUCAGGGCCUCACACUUCUUAGGCAGGCACUCUUACCACUUGAGCAUUCCACCAGCCCUUAACACUUUCUCUCACAUUCUCUCUAGUCUACAGCCAACCACGUUGGAAAGGAGAGGCUGGCACAAAAACCCUAAAUGCCUAAGAUUAGAGUGUUAUUGGCCCAGAUGUGACCAUACUACCCCCUUACUUACAGAGUGGAUGUCAUGUGAGUGCUAAGUUGCAUAUGCACUGGAGAAAGGAAGACAGGUUAGAGCCCCAAAAGAGAUGGCAUGGGUCAUUGCACCUGUGGGUAUGAAGAUGCGUGGAUAAGAGCCUGAGUCCUUCUCUAUCUCUGCUCACCUUGUGAUUUUGUUAUUCAAGUUUUAGGGCAAGAGCCCCAGCUCUGAGAAUCACAACAGACUAGACUCAGCCACCUGGCUCAAUACACCAGUUGAAGAGAUGAAUAGUGUAGGGCAGAGACAAGAGAGUUAUUCAAAUAUAGUCACAUUGGAAAAGAUAGACAAAGGGGUCUAGUGACCCCCCAAGGCCAUCUUUAAGGUGCU